CUCCUGCUGUGGUUGAGUUGACGUCGCCUCCCCUGCCGUCCCCACCCACACACACUACACCAUGUACAGGAUCACCCUCCUCGCCUCCAUGCUACUGGGCUUGGCACUUGCUGGAGAGAUGACCGAGGACACGAGGGAAAAACGUGGGUUCGCUGGCGGCUAUGGCGGCGGCUACGGAGGCGGCGGUGGCGGUGCUCACGGUAAUGGUGGCAGCUACCUGGUGGUGGGCGGCUACGGUCAUGGGGGUCACGGACCUUCUGCCGCAGACAUCGCUAACCAGGCUGCCUCUCAGGCCACCGCUGCUUUUGCUAGUCUAGGAGGUGCAGCUCAUUCUGCAGCUGCCGGAGCCGCAGCAGGUGCCGCAGCUGCUGCUGCCGCUGCUUCACAGACAGCUCAAGCUGCCGCAGCCAACAGACAUGCACAGGCCGCACAGAUCACCCAGGCUGCACAAGGAGCUCAGGCGGCGGCCUUUCAGGAGGCAUCACUGGCUGGUAAGGCCCACAAGGCUGAGCAAGCGGCAAAGGUGGCUCAUUCCAUGGCUCGUGCUCUGGUCAGUAAUUUGGGUCAGGUUUCUGGCGAGACCAACGCCCUGGCAGGUCAGGCUACUGGCAGUCUUGCUGCCCAGGAAAGCGUCCUCAACUCUCAGAACUCCAUGGCGUGGCAGGCGCAACAGGCAGCCAACUCUCUGCGCACACAGCAGAAUGUGGUCAUCAACGAUUUGCACUCGGCCGCAGGAGCCGCCUCUCAGGCACAGAUCGCAGCAUCCAAAGCUCUCGCCAAGGCAAAAGGAGCUAACAACGGAGGGUUUGGGGGUUACGGAGCAGGACAUGGAUUUGGAUACGGAGGAGGUUACCACUAAAGACAGAGAAAACGACAGGUGCCGGUCGUCAACGAUGCAGGGAAGAGGAGGAGAGAGAAGGGUAGGGCCCUUGCCUCGGGUGAGGACUACCCUCACGCAGGACCUGAACGCCGGAGCGUGUACCUGGAGCUCUACUGGGGGCGCCACAAGAAGCUACCAGGCCAGAAAGUCGUAGCAGAGGAACGCCAGAAUUAAAAGAAAAUCGACAUCAAAAUACUUUUCCUA